AUGGCGGCUGCACUUCGCACGGUCCGCCGCUACGCGCUGCCUGCAACCGGCUUGUUGGGAGCUGCGUGGGCCACUGACGAGUUCUGCCUCCACCAAGUGGGCCAGCGAACUGCACGAACAGUGCAGACGGGUGUGUACUUGCUUUGGCAGUACAAGGUCUGCUGGACGCCUGAGACUUCGAACGAUGUUCAUGCCAAGGUUGCCAAACGCCUGGUGGAAUGCCUGCGCCGUAAUGAAGGUUUGUACGUCAAGUUUGGCCAGGCAAUGUCAACGAUGGACGUUAUUCUGCCAGAGGAAUACAAGUCCGAGCUCAAGACAUUGCAUGACCAAGCCGCGACUUUUGAGUUCAAAGAAGUCCGGAGGGUUGUUGAGUCGCAACUGGGCCAAAGCCUGAGCGAGGUGUUCUCGGAAUUCGAGGAGACUCCCAUUGCUUCUGCCAGCAUUGCGCAAGUGCACCGUGCACAACUACGGCCAGAGUUUGCAGAGGGGCAUGAAGGCAACGAACCCUUGGCGGUGGCAGUCAAAAUUCAGAAGCCAAACAUCCCGGCCCAGAAUAGAUGCGACCUUGCGGUGUAUAAGCUCGUGCUGACCGUCUUGGAGUAUGCCUUCGAUUUGCCGAUGGUUUGGACAUAUGGCUACACGCGCCAGCAACUGGAAGCAGAGCUCGACUUCCGCAUAGAGGCGCGACAUGCCCGGCAGGCAGCUGAAGAGCUGGACGCGUGCAGUCAGUUCCGUGGAAAGGUCAUCGUACCAGCUGUUCAGGGGAAGGUUUCGGGAGAACACGUACUGGUCAUGGAGUGGGUGGACUCCUUGGGCCCUGCCAGCGAUAGCAAUUCCUUGAAGAAAGCAGGGCUUCGCCCUGUAGAUGUGAUGCGGACGGCAACGGAAGUCUUCGGAUAUCAGAUCUUCAGCACAGGCCACGUGCAUUGCGAUCCCCACCCCGGAAACUUGUUGGUGCGAUUGGCUCCUGCAGAGAGCUCUGAGAAAUGGCAGCUGGUCCUUCUAGAUCAUGGCCUCUACUGCGAAUUGAGCCCGGCUUUGCGCCGUGACUACGCAGACUUUUGGGUGGCAGCUGCUUUGGGGGACACCGCAUCCACGGUCCGAAUCUGCAGUCAGUGGGGCAUUGCUGAUCAAGAUGCUGCAGAGCUCUUUGCCUCAUUGACUCAGUUCCGACGGGUGCGCUUAGGGGCCCAAAGACUGGACGCCAUGGCCUCUCUUUUUGGGUCGCGGGGCAACAAGAAGGCUGAUGUGAUGCCGCACGCCCCGAAGAAGCUCACUGCGAAAGCAAUGGCCGAAGCUCAGCAGAAGCUGAAGGCCCGUGCGAAGAAGGUUCUGGGAGAUACAGCCGCCUUCCCACGAGAGUUGUUGUUCGUUGGGCGCAGCCUGAAUAUGAUCCGCUCCGCUAACUUUGCCUUGGGCACAGCUGUGAACCGCGUGGCAAUCCUGGCGGAGUGUGCUGCAGCAGGUGCUGCGCUCCAGGGCGGGUCCUUGGCUUCGAGGCGCCUGGCCGUCUGGAAUUUUCACUUCAGAGUCCAGAGCCUCCUCUUUCUCAGCAAGCUCUUCCAGCUUUGGCAAAGUCUGAGCUCUCUUGGCCUUGCUCCAGCAGUGUUGGGGCUCACGGGCCUCUUCUUGCGAGUCUCAGCGGGCAGAACAGAGCCAACAAAAGCCAUAGAGCCACGAAGCCUUCCUGGCCCGGAAGCUGGAGGCUGA